AUGUUAGCCUCGCGAGAAAUAAAACUCCCAGGUGGACUUGUCCUUCCUAAUCGCCUUGCUAAGGCUGCUAUGGCUGAAGCAAUGGCUCCUGCAUCUCACGUUCCCGAUGAGAAGUUUCAUACUGCAUGGGGAAUGAUAUUGACAGGAAACGUACAAGUUUCUGAGAUGUACCUUGGACAGCCUGGAGAGAUUCAAACUCCAGCGAGUCCCUCUGAUGGUACAAAGCAAUUGUGGAAGGAAUGGGCAGAUGCUACCCAACGUUUUGGAACUCCUGCCUUGGUUCACCUUUGUCAUCCUGGUCGUCAGUCACCCUUAGGAGCUGGAAAUCGUAGUUGGUUUUCGAAAAUCGUCGCCCCCUCGGCCGUGCAGCUCAACCUGGGACCCGGCUUCCUAGCAAAAGCUGCAGCUGCUCUAGCCGAGAGCUAUGUUGGGGAGUCAGAAGCAGCCAAAUUCGGCACUCCACGAGAAAUGACGCAUGAAGACACUGCGCUUGUAAUUGAUUAA